UGCGCAUUUCACCAGUAGACCGGGGAAAGACACACGCGCGACCCGGAAGGCCUCGCCGCAACACUCCAAAGCGGGUGUGAGGGGGGGCCGAUGGCGGAGGGAGCGGUGGAAGCCCCAGCAGAGAGUGGUGGCGGUGGCGAGCCAGGAGCCAUCGAGCCGGAACGGGGAGUAGCGUCCAUUAAACUUCAAUACCUAACCACCAAGGAGCACUUCCAUGAAUUCCUGGAAGCCAAAGGUCAGGAGAAGCCCAGACAGGAAACCGAGGCUGGAGACCCUGCUGGCAAUGACCUGGAUGAGCCUGAGGCCAAGCGGAUCCGGCUGGAGGAUGGGCAGACAGAGGACAGGCAGACAGAGGAGGCUGUUGAGCCUGGGGAGCAGCCACAGGCCCAGAAGAGGGCCCGGGGUCAGAACAAAUGCCGGCCCCAUGUGAAGCCCACCCACUAUGACAAGAACAAGCUCUGCCCCUCCCUGGUCCAGGAAUCCGCCGCUAAGUGUUUCUAUGGCGACCGCUGCCGCUUCCUGCACGACGUGGGCCGCUACCUGGAGACCAAGCCAGCUGACCUGGGCCCCCACUGUGUGCUCUUUGAGACCUUCGGCAGGUGCCCCUAUGGUGUGACCUGCCGCUUUGCCGGGGCCCAUCUGGGGCCCGAGGGCCAGAAUCUGGUGAAGGAGGGGUUGGUCCAGGCCCCGCCCAUCCGCAAUGGCCUGGACAAGGUCCUUCAGCAGCAACUGCGAAAGCGCAAGAUCCACUUCAAGCGUGCAGAGCAGGCCCUGCGCCAGCUGAGCAAGGGCCAGCUGCCAGGCCCCGCUCCCAAAGCCACUGUCCCCGAGGUCAUGGAGGCUGAGGGUGCCCCAGGGCAGGACAACUGUGACGCCCAGCAGGCCCCCCAGGGGCCGGGCACCGUUCCCCCUCCCAGGGGCCCUUUAAGGACCUGCGGGCCCCUGACAGAUGAGGAUGUAGUCAGGUUGCAGCCCUGUGAGAAGAAGCGGCUGGACAUCAGUGGCAAACUGUACCUUGCUCCCCUCACCACGUGCGGGAACCUGCCCUUCCGGCGGGUCUGUAAGCGCUUUGGGGCAGAUGUGACGUGCGGGGAGAUGGCUGUGUGCAUCAACCUGCUGCAGGGCCAGACGUCUGAGUGGGCCCUGCUCAAACGCCACCCCUGCGAGGAUGUCUUCGGUGUCCAGCUUGAGGGCGCCUUUCCCGACACCAUGACCAAGUGUGCCGAGCUGCUGAACCGCACCAUCGAGGUGGAUUUCGUGGACAUCAACGUCGGCUGCCCCAUCGACCUCGUGUACAAGAAGGGCGGGGGCUGCGCCCUCAUGAACCGCUCAACCAAGUUCCAGCAGAUCGUCCGUGGCAUGAACCAGGUGCUGGACGUGCCACUGACUGUGAAGCUCCGCACGGGUAUCCACGAGCGCACGAAUCUGGCCCACCGGCUGCUGCCCGAGCUGCGGGACUGGGGGGCUGCGCUGGUCACGCUCCACGGCCGCUCGCGGGAGCAGCGCUACACCAAGUUGGCCGACUGGCGGUACAUCGAGCAGUGCGUGACAGCAGCCAGCCCCAUGCCCCUUUUCGGAAAUGGGGACAUCUUGUCGUACGAGGACGCCAACCGCGCCAUGCAGACUGGCGUCGCUGGGAUCAUGAUCGCCCGCGGCGCCCUGCUCAAGCCGUGGCUGUUCACGGAGAUCAAGGAGCAGCGGCAUUGGGACAUCUCGUCGUCUGAGCGCCUGGACAUCCUGCGGGACUUCGCACACUACGGCCUGGAGCACUGGGGCUCAGACACGCAGGGCGUGGAGAAGACACGCCGCUUCCUCCUUGAGUGGCUCUCCUUCCUGUGCAGGUACGUGCCCGUGGGCCUGCUGGAGCGGCUCCCGCAGAGGAUCAAUGAGCGGCCGCCCUACUACCUGGGCCGCGACUACCUGGAGACGCUCAUGGCCAGCCAGAAGGCAGCCGACUGGAUCCGCAUCAGUGAGAUGCUGCUGGGACCCGUGCCACCCAAUUUCGUCUUCCUGCCCAAGCACAAGGCCAACGCCUACAAGUAGCUGCAGGGGCGGGCGGGGGUGUCUGAGCGCCCAGCGGGCUCCCCAAGGAAUGAGAAGGCAAUAAAUUUUAUUCUUUUAAAACCCA